UCCCGUUCCACAUUCUCGACUGCAUACAGCUGCUUUUGCGUGAUUGAAGUGGUGGAGGAGUGAUCAACAUUUUUUUGGAAUUUUUAAUUUACUCAAAUGACCUCAACUAAUUGAACCGAUAAGACUACUGUGUUUCUUUUAAAGUGUUUAAUUGUCAUAUUAUUUGUUUGUAAUACACAAAUUAGUAAAACAUGGCUUCGGGAAGACCUAUUAAAUGUGUGGUUGUUGGCGACGGAACGGUAGGAAAGACGUGUAUGCUUAUUUCGUACACUACGGACAGCUUUCCCGGCGAAUACGUUCCCACGGUCUUUGACAACUACUCAGCGCCGAUGGUAGUGGAUGGAGUGCAAGUGUCGCUUGGAUUAUGGGAUACCGCUGGACAGGAGGACUACGACCGGUUACGACCGCUCUCAUAUCCACAAACUGAUGUUUUUCUUAUAUGCUUCAGCGUGGCGAGUCCGUCAUCGUUCGAAAAUGUCACUUCCAAAUGGUACCCGGAGAUCAAACAUCACUGUCCGGAUGCGCCCAUCAUUCUAGUUGGCACCAAGAUCGAUUUGCGAGAAGAUCGCGAAACACUGAGUGCCCUAGCCGAACAGGGUCUAUCCGCGCUCAAACGAGAACAGGGACAAAAACUAGCCAAUAAGGUUCGCGCCGUUAAAUAUAUGGAAUGCUCAGCUUUGACGCAGCGUGGCCUAAAGCAGGUGUUUGACGAAGCCGUGAGAGCUGUGCUGCGACCGGAACCACUCAAACGACGUCAACGAAAAUGUGUUGUGAUGUAAGAAAUAAAAGUCUUCUGUGCAUUUCGUGCACUAUCCGAAAUCUCGUGUACAUAGGAUUAAGUGAAAAGAAUAAGAAGCAGAAAAGCUUAACAAAUACUCGAUCCUCUGUUUAAUGGACAUUUCUAGGAAAAGAUACGAACGGUAUGAAGUUACAAACAACCCGCAGAUAGUUUUCAGCCAACCAAGCAAAAGUUUUCGCACAGUGCAAAAAUUAUUAUUUUUAACACAUUAUUGUGCCAUCGUAACAAACACGCAUCACAACAGUAGUGUAUGAAUCAAAGCGUACACUUUUAAAAUGAUGUCCGAAUACCUCACACGUCCGUUAGACCUGCAUGUUUUUGGUUUAGAAGACUGCUUUAAAAUUUUGUAAACUUUUUACAAGUCCAUUACCAAGUUAUGCCGAGCUUAAACGAAAAAGAAAAAAAUCCUCUCUCCAGCUGCUAGUUUCUGCAUCAACGUUAAAAAAGGCCUACAUUCGAAUUGUCAAAGGAAACAAAGUUUUUCUCACAUUCUCAUUUACCAUAACUAGGCAUAGCUAUUUAUAGAAUAUUACAGUUUAAAAUAAUGUUGGAAAGUUUACCAAAAAUGUCAAAAGACAAAAAAGUUCAAUCAGAACUACAAUUCAGAUUAUACGUUGUAAUUAUUGAGUUGGUUCCGCAAUUAAAAAAAAAAUUGCUUUUUUGUAAAUUUUACUUAAAAUGAUUAAAAUAUUACCGGUUUUGUAUUUGAAUGUUGCAUCCAAUAAACAUAAAACACCAGUUGAUGAAUAUCAUUUGCGUUAUUUCAGUAUGGGUAGUACACUUUUCGGCAGUCAAUUUUCAAAUCCAUAGUUAUUAGAAGAUCAUAAAGUUAUUUUACAAAUUCAACGAAUCGGUGAUUUGAUUAUUCUUCUGUCUUCGAUCAUUGAUAUUGGCUGGAAUGAUUGAUUUGUAGGGUCUUGACAAUUCCCAACACUGAUCAUAAUACCUGUUCAUAUAGUAAAUAAUGCCAAUAAUGAAUAUUGCAACGAGACUGAAUCAAGCAGAAGCAAUUUUUUCUCUUUUACCUAUCUGGUAAAAGAUUUUAUAUUAUUCACCACACGAAGAAAACAAAACGAUCUUUGCGUAUCAACAACGCUUAAACGAAAAGCUUACUAAUCUCUAUUUUAUAUACGCCUCGGUUACAUGCAAACAAAAAAAAUGGUAAAUCUAGUCACUAGUAUGCAUCUGAAAAAAAUAUAAAUCUCACGGUUAAUUUAAACGGAAAAUGCUAAAGAGAAUGCAUAAAGAGAAGUCAAUUUCUGGUUAGCCAAAUGCAAAACCACACGCAAGAGAUAUAAUUGAACAACAAGCUAAAUCUCGUUCAAAUUUAUUAUCAACUGACGGAACUAUGUAGUAGUCUAAUGAUUUGCUAUGUCGCAAAUAUUUUUUUUUUUACUUUUACAACAAAUCAAAACUGGUUUCAUCAUAUCAUCAUAGGUUAUGCAAACGUUCACGAUAGUGUUUAGUAUGGUACAUAUGCUUACUUGCUAAUUGAGCUAACAACAGCAAACAAUUAUUUAAAUGUAAAUUAGUUUAGGCUACAUUUGACGAUGACUUACCAGCCUAGUUGAAGACUUACUUAGACAAUGAUAUGUUUUCGUGACCCCUGAGCUGAAAUUGAUUAACACCAAAGUACGAUCCCGGAGACAGGAGGUAGGAUGUGAGGGCGAUUAAAUGUAAACGAUAGUCAGAUUUUUUUUAUUUCGGUAUAUUGUGUAUUAGUUGUUUGUUGUUCUUUUUUCAUUUCAUUUGACAUGACAUACGAAACAAUGUACACAAAUUUGCUAGUUGAACUACAUGAUUUCUAUAGGUUUAAUUUCACGUCUAUCACGAGCAUUUACAGAUUUUCUUACCUCCAUACUACUAAUUACAAUUUUUGAAUGAUUGUAUCAUAUGACGAAAUAUAUAUAUUUUUUCUGAAUUAA